GACGGACCCAAGGAGGCUUCUGCAGUGAGCCCCACAUUGCAGGGGGCCCCCUCAACUUCAGGAUACCCGACAACCGUGACUGUUUCAACACACACUGGAUCUCCUGCGCCUUCCACAACUGCAGUGGGAGAGACUUUGAAACCUGCACAGACUCCUGCUUUUGAACCGCUGCCUCCUCAAGGAACAUGUGGCCAUCGGAUUAUGCGGAUAGGUGGUAGAGUGCCAUCCCCAGAGAGGAAGUGGCCCUGGCAGGUGAGCGUGCAGGUCAACAGUGUCCACAAAUGCGGAGGCUCCCUCAUUGCACCACGUUGGGUACUGACGGCAGCUCACUGUGUAAGAGGCUAUUCGGAAUAUACAGUGCGCCUAGGAGACACAUUGUUACAAUUGAAUUCCCAAAAUGCAGUGGUCAUUCCAGUCCAAGACAUCAUUUGCUAUAAGUACUAUAGUUAUCGCACUAUGAGGCAUGACAUUGCCCUUGCUCUGCUGGCCUUCUCUGUGAAUUAUUCUGCGUACAUUCAGCCAGUGUGCCUUCCUGGAAAGAAUUUUGAAGUGAAAGCUGGGACAAUGUGCUGGGCAACUGGAUGGGGCCGAACCUUACAAUUUGAGCCGUCACGUGUACCCACUCUUCAGGAGACUGAGCAAGUCAUUCUUCACUACGCGAAAUGUAAUAGGAUGAUCAAGCAACAGGAAAAUCCAUUUCCCAAGGUAGUUCGUAAAGGAAUGAUCUGUGGUUAUCAUGAAAUGAGUGGAGGCCCCUGCAAGGGAGAUUCUGGGGGUCCCCUGGUCUGUCAGUUUAAUGACACAUGGAUCCAGAUGGGGAUUAUCCAGGUUUCAGAUAGAGCACUUUCAGGAACUGUUUGGACAACUUGGAAGGGCUUCCUGAAGAUCAGCUGA